UGUGUGUGUAACUGGCUUGCCGGCUGGCAGAACCCGCCACCUGUGUGUCAACAGCGUUGAUAUAUUAUGAAAAAAAAGUGAGGAUAGGAACAGUGUAUGUCCUCAAUAUUUAGUGUUUUUGUGUGUAUGGUGUGUUUAUCCCGUACUGAGCAGUGGGCUCGAGCGUGUGUUUAUGUACGUUCUACGUAGGCUAGUGGAUCACGUCAUGGUGAACGGGGGUGAACUGUCUCAGGAAAAUUGCGUCUGUGGAUGAAUUAGGUGAUUCAUGAGCACCGGGAAGCCGCCGUUGGAGAUGUAAAUAAAAGGAGGGGAGCUUACGGACUCCUUCAGGAUGAGCAACCCAGAGCCAGGAGAGAGUAAACUGUGGGUGGAGGAAAAAUUAAAGUUCAUCGAAGAAGUGUUUCCUGGGGUAGACAGGCACAUCGUCAGAGCAUAUCUGGAAGAGUGCGAGACGGAGGAGGAAGAGGCGGUGAUGCUCGUGGAUCAGUUUCUCCAGGUGAUGGGAGCAGAGAGAAUAGAAGAUGAAAACUCUAUAUCGGCCGAAUCAUCGUCAGAGAAUAUGGAGGACUACGUAUGUGUCGCACCAACUUUAUCUCCCGACCAAUGUAUUGAUGAACUAACUAGUUCAAUAGCACUGGCAGGGAAGCCGCCACCAUCGCAGGAGGAGAGUAUAUCACACAACGAACUAAUAGCAGUUGCUAGUGGUUCUCCCGACCUGGCUGAGGAAGAAAACGGUGACAACACAGCACAAGUAGCACAGCUCAUGACAAUAUUCCCAGACGCUCAUCCUGAUUAUCUGCAAGAGAGGUGUGAGGAGCUCCCAGGUGAAUUGGAGGACCUAACGAAGUUAGUGGAGGAGCUUAUGGAUAAGAAGAAAACGGAGCCCAGGAUGAGCGGAUACACUGACAAGGAGAAAAAUGCCACCAAGGAAAAGUACCAGCGCCAUCUGUCUCUGGAGCAAGGAAGGCAAGAGGAUUACCUUGACAUUGAUGAGGAAAACACGGGGUACCAGUGUUUGAGUGUCUAGUAUGCAGGGACGACCAGGUUCUUGGCCUCAACACAGCCACUUGUAGCGCCUCCUACGGCCCUCACAGAUACUGCAUCCCUUGUAUCACACGAUAUGUUGCUUCGCGUAUAGGAGAGGGCCAGACGCAUUUCAAAUGCAUGGAUGAAGACUGUGGCGCAGAGUUCCAGGAUAGUGUCCUGCGUAGGGUAAUGACCAGACAGGAGUACGCUAAGAACCAAGAGCGUAGGCAACAAGAAGACAUAAGAGUCUCCGGAGUGAAGAACCUGGAAACAUGUCCCUUCUGCAAUUACAGCGUCAUCAUGGAGGAUCCUCAAAGCAACAUGUUCUUGUGCGAGAACCCGUUGUGUCUCAGGGAGUCCUGCAGGUUGUGUAAGGAGGCAACCCACGUGCCCCUGAGAUGUGAGGAGGUAGAGAGAGAUCACCAGACAAAAGCCAGACUUCAGAUUGAGGAAGAAAUGUCGAAAGCCUUGAUAAGGAAGUGUCCAGAUUGCAACACUAACAUCGUGGGCGAGGCUGGCUGCAAUAAGAUGACGUGUCCCUGUGGCACUGUCAUGUGUUACAUCUGCAGGAAGAAAAUCACCGGUUACGAUCACUUUGAAGACAGUCCUUCUCCUGUUGCCAAGUGUCCACUAUGGAGGGACUACAAGAUUUUGCAUUCUUCAGAGGUUCGUGUUGCAGCCAUGGCCGCGAAGAGUGUCUUGGAUCCUAACCUGAAGCUUGUUCACGACCCCACUAAACAUAUUCCAUGAAGCCCAAUGAAACUAAAUAGGUGUUGGGAAUAUUUUGUUGUUGUUGCUUGCAGGUUACGCGUCGUGGACCUUUAUACUUGCAUUUAUAUGUCAACAUGGUGUUGAAGCCUCUGGGAGGAGGGUCGUAGCCAAAGACUCUUGCUCUUGAAACACUUUUUGGUAAUGCAUUUCUGUUUCAUAAUUGUCUGUUUCCCCACUCUCUCUCUCUCUCUCUCUCACUAUUUCACUCUCAUAAAUUUUUCUCGUUCAGGCAUCUUUCUUUUGUACAUCUUUCUUAUACAUCAUUCUCUCAAAUAUCUAUCCCUUAUUCAUCUCCCCCCUCCCCAUCCUUCACACACUGCCUCUCCCUCGUACUUCUCUCUCUCAUACAUCUUCCUCCCCCUCACAUCUUCCUCCCCCUCACACACAUCUCUUCCUCAUUCACCUUCUUUCCAACACAUACUUUUAUCUUGUUUUCAAACACUUCUGUCUCAUCCCUACGCUGUUCUCCCUCACACUUUUUCCCUCCUUCAUACACGUCUUUACUCGCACUUGGGUUCUUCCCCCACACAUUCCCGUCUCCUUUAUCAUCAUCUUGUCUCUUCCUCGGAUAUUAUCUGUGUUCUUAUCUUGGGUUUCAAGCUGCUGCCCGCUACUACAGGUGCUAAACUUGUCACUCUCCAUAUCUGGUGUGACCUGACGGCUGGAGACUUCAGGUCAUUGUGGGUCAGGUCAGAAAGUGUGUGCGUGUACUAGCCUAUUUGUGGUUGCAGGGGUCGAUUCACAGCUCUUGGCCCUGUGUGUGUGUGUGUGUGUGUGUGUGUGUGUGUGUGUGUGUGUGUGUGUGUGUGUGUGUGUGUGUGUGUGUGUUGGUCACAUGACAUUAUUACCUCAGAUGUUGCACUUAAAGUGAAGUAAAUAUCUCUCUCUCUCUCUCUCUCUCUCUCUCUCUCUCUCUCUCUCUCUCUCUCUCUCUCUCUCUCUUUAAAUUUAUUAUGUAUGAGCUGGGGAGAGAAGUGUUGCUCUUUUCACUAUAUAAAUAUUAUACCAGGGUUGCAAUUAUUAAAAUAGAAUUUGCAGCAUUUGUUGUACAAAAAUACUUAAACAUUUCAUCUCGUCGACGCCGUCAUUUAUAUUAGAUUCCUCCCGCAAAUGUCCCUUGGGUUAACUAUUUGUCACAGACUCCCUGAGUAAAUGUCCUGCCUUCCAUGCGUCUUGUCACGAAGAAAAGGCCUCCCACGACAAAGGCAAAAGCGCCCACCGUAGGAAAACCGUGAGGGUGGGAAUAGACCUGACUGGGCCUUUUGUGUCCACUCACUCGACGGUCUGGCGAUUAAUUGCCAGAUAAACGGUGGUGGUUUAAAGGAGGGUUUAGUGUGCGUCUUUCUCGCCUCACACUGUCGACAAAAUUUGUCUUUUGGCUUUGUGUUUACUUGUUUUAGUUUUGCGAGGGGUCGAAAAUCCUGGUCUACCAUCUUCAACUCUAUCAGUCCUCUCAUACCCUGUGCUACAACUGUGUGUGAAGUCUGUCUCGGCCACUUCAUCCCACUUCACUAUUUCCUGACUUUCCUGUGCCUUGAAUUUCGUCUUGUCAGAAUACUUUGUAAGUCGUAAUCAAGUUUCCCCUAGUGUUUUUUUUUUCCAGCAUCAGGUAGAGUCCUUUCUAUCACACUCUACUACUAUACUGGAUUUUAAAUUCCUAUUAAAUGAAAUUCUAUGAUUGUAUAUAUUAAAUAUUUUGAAUAAAUUCUAGUUAAUGAUUCUGGGCACGAGAAAAUAAAUAGUAUUUAUAAGUUGUAAAAGCAUAUUUAUGUUUCUGAGUGAAGAUUCUAAUAUUUAGAAAAAUAACGGUGGAUGAAUGUAGUAGGUCUACUGGCCUAGACCUACUACAUUGUCUGUCUACUGGAGCGGCUGUCACAAUUAUUGCCGCUCAAGUAUCUGCCUAACUUGUUCAUAGAGCAUUAAGAAGUAUUGGCUUCCGCAAGGCAACUUGCUCGUUCCAUUCGCCUUCAUUUACGUUACAGGAAUGGUACAAAGUUAGGAUUCGAUAGGUAAUAAAAGUCAAUAGCAGAAUGGAACUCCACAAUAACAACGUUUCGCUCACCCAGUAACUUUAUCAACUAGAACAAAAAGUUAUUUUAAAUUGUUCCAUGCAACAAUUUCUGUAUUACAUUGUUCAUAUCGACAUUUUGUACCUUUCACAACUUUGUUCAGGAACUUAAAUAAAAAAUUUU